GCUUUUAAGUUAAAUUACAGUUUUGAAGGCAUUUCUAGGACUAAGCCUGAACAGAAUUUAUCUGGAUCUAGUAAAAAAUUAACAAAGGAUGUGUUGUUACAGAAGACUCACGAAGAAAGAAGAAAGCGGCAAGAGCAAAGACUCAAAUUACAAAGUGCUGAAUUGCUGCAAUCUCACAUCCGUAGUUAUAUUGUAAGAAAACAUAAAAAAGACCAAGAAAGACAACUGUUUGAUGAAAUUGAAACCACAGCAGGAAUACAAGUUAUUUUAUCAAAGUUACUGUUCUUUUACUACCCAAAAGAAGAUCGAGAAAGGCUUCUUCGCAUUGCAGAAAGACUUUUAAAUAUUCAAGCAGACGUCAUUCAACAAAUAAAUGCGGAUAAAUCGUUUGCAUGGUUGAUUAAACGGUUUCUGCUUUUAUGUCUGAAAAAUACUAAAGACAACCAAGACAGUAUGGUGUUGAUGAAAUGCUUGUAUGUUUUUACAGUUGAUGCUCAUACUUUCAGUUAUCUUGUAUCCAAAGAUUAUUAUGGCCAUCUUAAAAGACUCUUGGAGAGUAGCAACAACUAUUUACAAGAAACCAUUGUUCUCAUUCAAAAACCAUUCAAAUUUAUACAUGAAAGUGACUAUUUAAGUAAUCUGGUGCUCUCAGAAUUUUGUACCAAUUUCUUGAUACCAUCAUUGACUCAUAACGUUAAGCAUAUUCUUGUUCCAUACAUAAGAAAUCAACGAAAAGAAUUUCCAUUUGAAAAAUUAAUCCGGUAUCUAAAUACCGGAUUUCAUUUCGGAAAAAGUCACAGUUUGCUUUAUUGUACGCUGGAAUUGGAACCUGAUGAUUAUGAACCCAACAGUGACAGCAUACAAGUGUUGUCGAAGCUAAGUGCUAAUUUAUAUGAGCUAAAACCGACCUGUGAUUUAACAGUUGAAGAUAGCGAUGACGAGGAGGAAGAAGAUCCAGUAAGUACAGAAAAACGAUUGCUACUUUCGGAAUAUUUGAAAAUAUUAAACAGAUCUGAUAAGGUUAGAAAAUGGAUUAAUUUCUUUUUGAAACAUAACCAUGAUGAAAGUGUGUUGAUGGCUUUUACCAAUUUGUGUCACAACUUGUUACUGGUUUACAAAGAUUCUAUGAGGAAAUAUCUUUUACUGUAUAAAUUUGGACUUAGCAGUACAUAUUUAAAACGGCUCUGGGCAUAUUUGAACAAAAACAACACAGGGCAAUUUGAAACCAAAAUAUCAUCAUUUAUAGCUUGGAGGGAAUACCAUACAACUUUAUCAGUUUUCUGUGAUAUGUUUACUUUCUAUACUGAAACGCUAACCGAUAGUGAAACCUCAGAUACAAGCCACACAUUCACGCAAAACGACCUAUUAUCAAUGUCAAAAUUGCUGAAGAAUGUAGCCAGAGGAUUGAUCGAAGUAGCAUUUCCUAUGUGUCGUUCUAGCUCAAUUCCAUCAACGCCGGAAGUCCAACAUUUGUACAGGGCCUGUCUGAACUGCGUCCGUAUGCUAUACACAUUGGACUUGCGGAAAAAGUUUUGUCCAAGUGGAUUUUGGACCAGCGAUAAGAUGCAUAUACCGCCCGAUCUGGCUCGGAAGGACUAUUUAUCGAAGAAAAUAUCGUCGUUUUAUGGAGCCCGCAAUGAAGAAGACGAACAUUUGCCACCUCUGUCUACAAUCGAACAACGUUCCUUGGCGAUACUAGAAGAGCUUCCGUUUUUAGUUAAUUUCAACACACGAUUUUUAUUGCUCAGAGAUUUAUGUAGGAACAGUUUAGGAGAGGACGAUUAUCAAAGACUGCACCACGAUCUGAUGCAUGAAAAUGUAGUAGCCAUAAGAAGAACUCACAUCUACGAAGACGCCUUUGACAAAAUUUCACAAAAAAGUG